GGGUGUGAGUCAGAAGCUAAACCAGUUUGUUGGCUGUUACAGUGUGUGCUGCCUCAAAGAGCCCGCCCAUAAACAGUCGGUGGAUAGUGGAGGUAAACAUGGUCUUGCCACUCAGUGUGUGGUAGCACUGCUUAUCGACAUGGCAAGUUAACUUCCAGCAUUGGAAAGAAAUCUUGACGUUCCUAAUACAAGGCCAGGCUUAAGCCCUGGUGUUGCUUUUAAACAAUGCCUGGCCAUCAAAGGAGCCUCUCUGAGAACCUUGUACUUGAAGAUGGUGACAAAGGGCGUGUGCUUGUCUCCAAAAUUAACCCUGAUCUGACAGCAAGUCAAGGGUUACAAGAAGGAGAUGAAAUUGUUGGUGCCACCAUUCACUUUGACCAGCUAAAGAAGAACGAAGUGAUUGAAAUACUGAAGCUAAUUGAACCCUACAAUGACAAGGUGCAAGUGCUGACGAAGCCAGGCCUAAAAUCCAGCAGGAGCUUCGAAAAUCUGGAUAACAGAAUCAAAGCUCCAAAUGAGAUACAUAAGGAUUCUUACAACAAGAUUUUCAAUGCCAAAGUCAAGAAAUUUAUGAAAGGAAAUCCAAAUGGAAGAAGUCAAGACAAUGCAGCCAGUCCCCUAAAUGGCCAGGUGACUGCUCAGGGUUUAAGUAAUGACAAGGCAAGAAGUGACAGCAAUCUGCCUUUACAUGACAUGCCAACAGUAGAUGUCUCACUCAAGAAGGUCGAUGUAGAAGCUUGCCUUCAAAAGUUAAAGGGUAAAGCUCCAGAACUUGAUACUGACGCUAUCUCAGAAUAUGAAUACAACCCUAACUUACUGCUUCAAAGUGCUGGUCUAAAUGGAACAGGUGAGGGCCCAAACCUAGAUGUGAAAUCUGCUGAAAUUGACAUGAGUGGUCCUACAGGUAAACUCAAAAUGCCCAAAUUAAAAAUGCCAAAGUUUAACCCUUCAGGUUUUCAAGAACCUGAUAAGGGAGACUUGUUAUCCCCCAAUCUCAGUGCAGGGAUUAGUGUUCCUGACUUUGACACUGGUUCUCCCAAUGGAGAACUGAAAGUGCCAAAAUUUGGACUAUCAGGUGAUUUGCACAAACCAACUCUAAACAGCCCUUCAGUCAAAGGAGAUAUUGAUGGCCUGGGCAUGGACUUGACUCCUCCCAAACACGAUCUAAAAGGUCCAAAUCUGAACAUAAAGUCCCCUGACAUUGACAUUGAUGCUCCUUCUGGAAAAUUAAAAUUGCCAAGUUCAAAGAUUCCAGAUUUGGGACUUUCAGCUAGCUUGCCUCAAGGGCCAGAUAUCAAAGGCCCUGGAAUUAAGGGAGGGAUUGAUUCACCAGACAUGAAUUUGGAUUUCCCUGAGGCUCAUAUGAAAGAGACAAAACUACAUGUGAAAUCCCUCGAUACUGAUGUUGAUGGUCCAGCAGGCAAAUUCAAAAUGCCCAAAAUGAAAACACCCAAAUUUAGCAUCCCAGGGUUUAAAGGGCCUGAUAUGGACAUUAAAGCAGACCUGGACAAGCCAGAUUUGAGUUUGUCAUCACCCAAACUGGAUGCAGACAUUAGUGCUCCUGAUGUUGACAUCAGUGGACCCAAAGCUAAUUUAAAGGGUCUCAAAACAGGCAUUACAGUCCCUGACAUAGACAUGCCAUCAGGCAAAGUGAACAUGCCCAAGUUUAAGAUGCCUGAUUUUGGACUCUCAGGACCUAAAGUAAAAGCACCUGAGAUUGAGUUAUCAUCUCCUCAAAUUAAAGGUGAGAUUAAUUCACCAAACCUUUCACUCCCACAGUUUAAUGUAGAUGGCCCUACAGGCAAAGUACCAACACUUGAAACACCAGAGGUUGACGUCAACACACCUGACUUCAAUGCUGAUGUUCCUUCAGGAAAACUGAAAAUGCCUAAAUUUGGACUUUCAACUGGUUUACCUAAAGGUCCAAACCUCAAAGGCCCCAAAUUAAAAGGAGGAAUUGAUGCACCAGACAUGAAUUUGGAUUUUCCUGAGGCUGACCUAAAAGGUCCCAAACUCAAUAUGAAAUCACCUGAGAUUGAUAUUGAUGGUCCAGAUGGCAAAUUCAAAAUGCCCAAAAUGAAAACACCCAAAUUUAGCAUUCCAGGAUUUAAAGGGCCUGAUAUGAGUAUUAAAGGAAACCUGGACAAGCCAGAUUUGAGUUUGUCAUCACCGAAAUUGGACGCUGAUAUUAGUGCUCCUGAUAUUGACAUCAAUGGACCCAAAGCUAGCUUGAAAGGUCCUAAAACAGAUUUUACAGUUCCUGACAUGGAUUUCCCCUCAGGCAAGGUGAACAAGCCCAAAUUUAAGAUGCCUGAUUUUGGACUCUCAGGACCUAAAGUAAAAGCACCUGAGAUGGAUCUGUCACUUCCUAAAAUGAAAGGUGAGAUUAAUUCACCAAAUAUUUCACUCCCACAGUUUAAUGUAGAUGGCCCUACAGGUAAAGUACCAACCCUUGAAACACCAGAGGUUGACAUCAACACCCCUGACUUCAAUGCUGAUGUUCCUUCAGGAAAACUGAAAAUGCCUAAAUUUGGACUUUCAACCAGUCUACCUAAAGGUCCAAAUCUCAAAGGCCCCAAAGUAAAGGGAGGAAUUGAUGCACCAGACAUGAAUUUGGAUUUCCCUGAGGGUGACCUAAAAGGUCCCAAAAUCAAUAUGAAAUCUCCUGAUAUUGAUGGUCCAAAUGGCAAAUUCAAAAUGCCCAAAAUGAAAACACCCAAAUUUAAUUUUCCAAAAUUGAAAAGCCCUGACUUGGAUGCUAAAGGAGACUUUGACAGGCCAGAUUUGAGUUUGUCAUCACCCAGAUUUGAUGCUGAUAUUAGUGCUCCUGAUAUUGACAUCAAUGGACCCAAAGCUAGUUUAAAAGGUCCAGAAACAGAUCUGACACUUCCAGACAUGGAUUUCCCUUCGGGCAAGGUGAAAAAGCCCAAAUUUAAGAUGCCUGAUUUUGGACUCUCAGGACCUAAAGUAAAAGCACCUGAGAUGGAUCUGUCACUUCCUAAAAUGAAAGGUGAGAUUAAUUCACCAAACCUUUCACUCCCACAGUUUAAUGUAGAUGGCCCUACUGGUAAAGUACCAACCCUUGAAACACCAGAGGUUGACAUCAACACCCCUGACUUCAAUGCUGAUGUUCCUUCAGGAAAACUGAAAAUGCCUAAAUUUGGGCUUUCAACUGGUUUACCUAAAAGUCCAAAUCUCAAAGGCCCCAAAAUAAAGGGAGGAAUUGAUGCACCAGACAUGAAUUUGGAUUUUCCUGAGGCUGACCUAAAAGGUCCCAAACUCAAUAUGAAAUCACCUGAGAUUGAUAUUGAUGGUCCAGAUGGCAAAUUCAAAAUGCCCAAAAUGAAAACACCCAAAUUUAGCAUUCCAGGAUUUAAAGGGCCUGAUAUGAGUAUUAAAGGAAACCUGGACAAGCCAGAUUUGAGUUUGUCAUCACCGAAAUUGGAUGCUGAUAUUAGUGCUCCUGAUAUUGACAUCAAUGGACCCAAAGCUAGUUUAAAAGGUCCAGAAACAGAUCUGACACUUCCAGACAUGGAUUUCCCUUCGGGCAAGGUGAAAAAGCCCAAAUUUAAGAUGCCUGAUUUUGGACUCUCAGGACCUAAAGUAAAAGCACCUGAGAUGGAUCUGUCACUUCCUAAAAUGAAAGGUGAGAUUAAUUCACCAAAUAUUUCACUCCCACAGUUUAAUGUAGAUGGCCCUACAGGUAAAGUACCAACCCUUGAAACACCAGAGGUUGACAUCAACACCCCUGACUUCAAUGCUGAUGUUCCUUCAGGAAAACUGAAAAUGCCUAAAUUUGGGCUUUCAACUGGUUUACCUAAAAGUCCAAAUCUCAAAGGCCCCAAAAUAAAGGGAGGAAUUGAUGCACCAGACAUGAAUUUGGAUUUUCCUGAGGCUGACCUAAAAGGUCCCAAACUCAAUAUGAAAUCACCUGAGAUUGAUAUUGAUGGUCCAGAUGGCAAAUUCAAAAUGCCCAAAAUGAAAACACCCAAAUUUAGCAUUCCAGGAUUUAAAGGGCCUGAUAUGAGUAUUAAAGGAAACCUGGACAAGCCAGAUUUGAGUUUGUCAUCACCGAAAUUGGAUGCUGAUAUUGGUGCUCCUGAUUUUAACAUGAAUGGACCCAAAGCUAGCUUGAAAGGUCCUAAAACAGAUUUUACAGUUCCUGACAUGGAUUUCCCCUCAGGCAAGGUGAACAAGCCCAAAUUUAAGAUGCCUGAUUUUGGACUCUCAGGACCUAAAGUAAAAGCACCUGAGAUGGAUCUGUCACUUCCUAAAAUGAAAGGUGAGAUUAAUUCACCAAACCUUUCACUCCCACAGUUUAAUGUAGAUGGCCCUACUGGUAAAGUACCAACCCUUGAAACACCAGAGGUUGACAUCAACACCCCUGACUUCAAUGCUGAUGUUCCUUCAGGAAAACUGAAAAUGCCUAAAUUUGGACUUUCAACCAAUCUAUCUAAAAGUCCAAAUCUCAAAGGCCCCAAAAUAAAGGGAGGAAUUGAUGCACCAGACAUGAAUUUGGAUUUCCCUGAGGCUGACCUAAAAAGUCCCAAACUCAAUAUGAAAUCUCCUGAUAUUAAUAUUGAUGGUCCAGAUGGCAAAUUCAAAAUGCCCAAAAUGAAAACACCCAAAUUUAGCAUUCCAGGAUUUAAAGGGCCCGAUAUGGGUAUUAAAGGAAACCUGGACAAGCCAGAUUUGAGUUUGUCAUCACCGAAAUUGGAUGCUGAUAUUAGUGCUCCUGAUAUUGACAUCAAUGGACCCAAAGCUAGCUUGAAAGGUCCUAAAACAGAUUUUAAAGUUCCUGACAUGGAUUUCCCUUCAGGCAAGGUGAACAAGCCCAAAUUUAAGAUGCCUGAUUUUGGACUCUCAGGACCUAAAGUAAAAGCACCUGAGAUGGAUCUGUCACUUCCUAAAACGAAAGGUGAGAUUAAUUCACCAAACCUUUCACUCCCACAGUUUAAUGUAGAUGGCCCUACAGGCAAAGUACCAACCCUUGAAACACCAGAGGUUGACAUCAACACACCUGACUUCAAUGCUGAUGUUCCUUCAGGAAAACUGAAAAUGCCUAAAUUUGGACUUUCAACUGGUUUACCUAAAAGUCCAAAGCUCAAAGGCCCCAAAAUAAAGGGAGGAAUUGAUGCACCAGACAUGAAUUUGGAUUUUCCUGAGGCUGACCUAAAAGGUCCCAAACUCAAUAUGAAAUCUCCUGAUAUUAAUAUUGAUGGUCCAGAUGGCAAAUUCAAAAUGCCCAAAAUGAAAACACCCAAAUUUAGCAUCCCAGGAUUUAAAGGGCCUGAUAUGGGUGUUAAAGGAAACCUGGACAAGCCAGAUUUGAGUUUGUCAUCACCGAAAUUGGAUGCUGAUAUUGGUGCUCCUGAUUUUAACAUGAAUGGACCCAAAGCUAGCUUGAAAGGUCCUAAAACAGAUUUUACAGUUCCUGACAUGGAUUUCCCCUCAGGCAAGGUGAACAAGCCCAAAUUUAAGAUGCCUGAUUUUGGACUCUCAGGACCUAAAGUAAAAGCACCUGAGAUGGAUCUGUCAUUUCCCAAAACGAAAGGUGAGAUUAAUUCACCAAACCUUUCACUCCCACAGUUUAAUGUAGAUGGCCCUACAGGUAAAGUACCAACCCUUGAAACACCAGAGGUUGACAUCAACACACCUGACUUCAAUGCUGAUGUUCCUUCAGGAAAACUGAAAAUGCCUAAAUUUGGACUUUCAACUGGUUUACCUAAAAGUCCAAAUCUCAAAAGCCCCAAAAUAAAGGGAGGAAUUGAUGCACCAGACAUGAAUUUGGAUUUUCCUGAGGCUGACCUAAAAGGUCUUAAACUCAAUAUGAAAUCUCCUGAUAUUAAUAUUGAUGGUCCAGAUGGCAAAUUCAAAAUGCCCAAAAUGAAAAAACCCAAAUUUAGCAUUCCAGGAUUUAAAGGGCCUGAUAUGGAUGUUAAAGAAAACCUGGACAAGCCAGAUUUGAGUUUGUCAUCACCGAAAUUGGAUGCUGAUAUUGGUGCUCCUGAUUUUAACAUGAAUGGACCCAAAGCUAGCUUGAAAGGUCCUAAAACAGAUUUUACAGUUCCUGACAUGGAUUUCCCCUCAGGCAAGGUGAACAAGCCCAAAUUUAAGAUGCCUGAUUUUGGACUCUCAGGACCUAAAGUAAAAGCACCUGAGAUGGAUCUGUCAUUUCCCAAAACGAAAGGUGAGAUUAAUUCACCAAACCUUUCACUCCCACAGUUUAAUGUAGAUGGCCCUACAGGUAAAGUACCAACCCUUGAAACACCAGAGGUUGACAUCAACACACCUGACUUCAAUGCUGAUGUUCCUUCAGGAAAACUGAAAAUGCCUAAAUUUGGACUUUCAACUGGUUUACCUAAAAGUCCAAAUCUCAAAGGCCCCAAAAUAAAGGGAGGAAUUGAUGCACCAGACAUGAAUUUGGAUUUUCCUGAGGCUGACCUAAAAGGUCUCAAACUCAAUAUGAAAUCUCCUGAUAUGGAUAUUGAUGGUCCAGAUGGCACUUUCACAAUGCCCAAAAUGAAAACAUCCAAAUUUAGCAUUCCAGGGUUUAAAGGGCCUGAUAUGGGUAUUAAAGGAAACCUGGACAAGCCAGAUUUGAGUUUGUCCUCACCGAAAGUGGAUACAGAGUUUAGUGCUCCUGAUAUUGACAUCAAUGGACCCAAAGCUAGCUUGAAAGGGCCCAAAACAGGCAUUACAGUCCCUGACAUGGAUUUUCCAUCAGGAAAAGUGAACAUGCCCACGCUUAAAAUACCUGAUUUAGGAUUGUCAGAUCCCAAAAUGAAAGCACCUGAAAUAGAUCUCUCAGGUCCUUCAAAGAAAGGUGAGAUCAAUUCACCUGACUUCGGUAUUAACGGCCAUAAGCCAAAGUUCUUAGCUCCGGAAUUUAAUAUAGAUGUCCCUACAGAUAAACUUAAAACAAAAAAACCCAAAAUCAGCCUUGAAGAUCCAGACUGGGACACUGAUGCUCCCUCAGGAAAACUGAAAAUGCCUAAAUUUGGAUUAUCAGGUACCCUGCCCAAAGGCCCAGAUAUUAAGGGUCCUAAAGUUCAAGGAGGAGUUGAUGCCCAAGACAUUGAGUUAACUCUCCCAGAAGCUGCUCUGAAAAGCCCCAAACUGAGUCGGAACUGUCUUGAUAUUUACACUGAUGGUCCUGUAGGUACUGAAUCGAAUCUCAGUGCUCCACAUACAGAUGCAGGCACUACUAAUAUCAAAAUGCCAACUUUCAAAAGUUCAAGAGGGAACAUUAAAGUGUCAAACAGUGUGGAUGUGGAUGGUGACAUUAGAGAUUCAUAUGACACAUCAAAAGGAAAGGUGCACACAGAUUUCAGAUCUGAAACUGACACAAGAGGCCCCAGUUUUCAUUUGAAAACAAGCACGAAAAAUCCUAAUCAACACAGAAAUAAAUCAAAGGGCAGUGUGAAGAUUAUGAAAGACAUAGAAUCUUUUGCUUCAGGUAUGGAACUUGAUGUCCCAAAAGGCACCUUAAAAGGGUCAAAGUUUAAGUUAUUAACACUAGUGUGAUGGCCAUUCCCAAUAAAAAAACAGGAGGACAGAGACAUGUUGAUGGUGACUUCAUUUCUUGUUUAUUACUGAAACAUGUAGGUCUGCGAAAUAUAAAUGCAUGUAUUAUCUAAAACAUGUCAAUUUUAUGUUGAUAUUCAUAUGUAAAUAUUUUGAGAAAUGUCUCUGACAAAUGUACAUGAAAUUAUUUGCAAUUUAUUUUGUUAAAGUAUGUUCACAUAUGAUCACGUGUAUAUAUUAGAUUUUUCAAAGAUGUUUUUAUUUAUUUUUUGUGUUACCACUAUGCAAAAGAGCAUUACGCUUUUUCCUGAAAGGUCCAACUCAAAACUGUGUGAAAUGAACAUUUGAAUGUAGACUAUAUUGUAAAAUGUACAGUAAUAUGCACAUAUAAUUAAUAUGUGUUUGAAAGUAUGUUAAUUUUUUUAACUGUUCUAAAACUAAAAGAUUUUUAUUUUUCUACUGUGUACUUUUAUACCAAGUAUGAGAUCAUGGUAAUUAAUUAUGUAAGUGGGUUUUUUGAAGUUUCACUCUUUUUUUAAUGUGUUUCUUUUUCUUUUUUUUGUUUAAUUAUGAUGUUUGUAUGCAUUGUUUCAAGUAAAUGCUUUCAUUAAAAUCCCAUUUAUUGUAAUGACAAAUACAAGCAAUGCUAUACUAAUUUUGAAUCAUUUGGUUUGAAUUAACAGUUUUUUCACCCUUAGCCUUAAUGUAGUUGUUUCUAAGACUGUAAUGGAGUUACAAGGCUAAUGUAGCUAAAUCUUAGGUGACAUAAACAUACAUUAGCCUUGUAGCUCCAGUGCAAAACUAAAGAAGCAAACUUCAGACACCAUGUCUUGGCCGAUCAACCAUUAAACCAUUCACUGAACCAUUCCUUUAAAACAGAGGGAA